AUGAGAAUGGAGAUACUUAAAUUGAAGCAAUAUAAUUUUAUAAGGAUGAUAUCAAACCCUUUGUGGGAGGAUGAAAAUAAUAAAAAUGGUGGAGAGAUUCAAUUUGACAUUUCAACACAAUAUUACACAGUUUAUGAUUAAAUUUAUUUGGAUAUUCUAUUAUAAAUUAUAGAAUAAGCUACUGAAGAAUUAAAACACGUAAAAUAAUCCUAAGAAUUUAGAUUAAUGGAUUAAGGGUUUUAGACAGAAUUCCUAAAUAAGGCAAUAGAAUAAGAAUUGAAUUGUGGAUGGAUAUUGAUCCAAAGGAUUAAGAUGAGUCUAUUCGGAAGUUAAUUGAAUGGAUCGAUACUACAUUAAAAAAACACUAAAUUGAUAUUGAUUAAAGUUAAUUUAAUAAAGUGUCCCAUAAGAAAUGA